AUGGCGUCGAAACAGCUUCUGAUCCUGAGCGUGGUCGUGGCUUCCAUCGCAGCGGCGCCUCAGUUCUUCAGCGACGAUCAAGCGCCUAUUCCCCACGACUUCGCUUACGGCGUCGAGGUGCCUGAUACGGGAGAUGCAAAGGAGCACAAGCAGUCUGUGUCUCCUUCGGGAAGAACCGAAGGCGAAUACCGAUGGCUUCUUCCCAACGGCCUCUUCAACGUCGUCAGGUACUUCGUGGACGGCGACUCCGGAUUCCAGGCCGAGGUGAGCGAGGAGCCAGGACCCGCCGUCGGAAACUACUACACCAACUCCCUCAGCCAAGAGAGUUCCUCGGGAGCCGUGUCCGCCGCGGCGCAGGACUUCGCUCGCAGCUUCAGCGUGCAACAAGCCAGCGUCGGGAGGGCCGUGGAUGUCAUCAGCGCCCCGAGACCUACACAGGUCUCCUUCGCUGCUCCGAGACCCAAUCAGGUUUCCUUCUCAUCUGCCCCAAGGCCAAAUCAGGUUUCUUUCUCUUCUGCCCCAAGACCUAAUCUGGUCUCCUUUUCUUCUGUCCCGAGCCCCAAUCAGGUCUUCUCUUCCGCCCCGAGUCCCAAUCAGGUCUUCUCUUCCGCCCCCGCCUUCAACGCUCAGCAACAGACUUUCGGCAGAGUCGUCGACGGAGGCUUCAUCGACGGAGGAAUUAUUGACGGAGGGAUAAUCGACGGAGGAGUCAUCGACGGCGGCGUCGUCAGCGGGGGAUUCAGCGGCAACUUCGCCACCAGUCCCUUCGACAAUUCUGCUGUGAUUCUUGCGAGAAACAACAGGUUCACAGGAUAAGUCUUGUCCUGCGCGCAACCCUUUCUUUCUCUCGACCAAGACGACAUAGUCAUUACGGUGCUCUGCAGGGAACUGCCAUAUCCAAUGGUGUGUAUAUAUAUACAUAGAAAUAAAACGAAACUAUUUUGAUAACAUGCAUACUUUUAUACUGAACAUUCUACUACCAGGAUUUCUGGAUAUCUUCAAAGUGGAUUUGAAAAGGACUUAUUGAUGCCAGAUGCAAAUAAUCACCUGCCCAAAGAGUACUUGUAAUCUCCUGUGCUAUAUUGAGAGAAAAAUAUUCGCCUCUGUUUUGCAAUUAUGUUUUAUAUAUGUGUUGACAAUAAACCGACUGUUUACA